AUGGAUGUGGAAGCUAAAAUAAAAGAAGACAUGAAAGCCCUUGGCUGCACUAGUGAACAAAAAAUCUCUCUAGCUCUUUAUUUAUACGUAACUUUAGUGGAUGAUCGACUUAUGUACGAUACCGAAUAUUGUUACAAUACAGACAUAGAUACGCUUUACAUCGUUGCGAGGCCAAAUAAAUUGCAUAAAGUGAAUAUAUAUGUACCAAUUCCAUCAAGUUUUGACCUAUCAUUUGAUUACAUAGAGGAGCGACGAACCUUUAUUAAUGGAGAAUUAAAGAAACACAAAGAAAGUAUUUUAAAUGAUGCGCUUAAUGGUGGCUUUGUUGAUGAUGAUGAUUGUGAAAUUGUAGGCUAA